AUUUACGGGUUGCCCCACGUUGUACCUGCAGCUGUUGCUUACCGAUAUACCUUCGGGUUUACUGAGGGACACGGAGCAUAUUUCAACACGUCCGACGGAUUGAUUGCUGUUGAAUCUUGCAAAUUUUUGCGGAAUGGCGGCGAUGGGAUCAAAUUCACGUUUCACGACACCGUACCGGAAAUGCGAUCCUUGAACGGAAGAAGCUAUGUGGACAUUUGCAAAGAUUCUAUUCCAUCUGGAGCUGCGUAUCCGGUGUAUAUUGUGGCCAAGCAGCACGUCACAUCCUAUUCUAGUCUGGAUUGUCCACAGGACUAUUACAAUGACUACGGCAGUGAUGGCGUGCUCACGGUCCACUUCAACUACAUGUACGCGGAAAAGGACGAGACUGGGGAGAUUUUAGUGUAUGACGGGACUGACGAGACUAGUCGACUGAUCGGCAGUUUCCGUGUGUCGAACAACACGCGUCCCGCGUCGAUGACGACCACGUCACGUGGCCUACGCAUCCGAUUCAAAGCCCGGCCACGCUCGGACCUCGUCGUCUUCAUGGAGGUCACACAAAGUCCCAGGCGUGGAAAAGCUUACGAUUUGCGGAUCGACGGUUCGGACGUGCAAGAUAACGAUGGACGCGGUGUGGACGUGGAGAACAUGCGGUCGCAAGUGCAUUUGCACAAGUCCGAGAUCACGGGCAACAACCACGCGGCGGGUGUGAGCAUCCGCGGCGGCGUCGGCGACGUCAACGUCACCCACUCCAUCAUCGCCCGGAACCAGGGGGACGGUGUCAACGUCACGCAUGGCGGCGGCGCACGGAACGUGUCCAGGUGCGAAAUUUCAAGGAAUGAAGGACGUGGGGUAGCAGUGUGGCUCAACAAAACACGACACGACUUCUCAGUUACACAGGAAACAACUGUGGAAUAUUCAGUCAUCAAAGAGAACCGUUGGGCCGGAGUAUUUGUUGGCAACUUCUGUACGCCCUUCGCCGUUGUUAACGUCAGUGGAAACGAGUUCUCCGAUGGUAUUAGCUAUGGUGUUGACAUUUGGUCCUGUUGGCACCCUGAAAACACGAAAUACCCGAACACUCUGGUGCAAGUUGGACACAACUCUUUUUUGCGAAACAAAAUUGCUUUGAGAAUGGAGCCAGUUGCUGACGCCAACGUUACCGUGGAGUGGAACGAAUUCCGCGAGCAGAAAGUCGGAACUGUGUUGAUAAGAAACGGGGAUCGGGAAGAGGUCGAAUUUCUUCCUGCCUCCGUGGUUGUAUCGGAUAACACUUUCCGAAAAAACACCGGCAUAUUUGUGGCGAAUCUCGGUUUGUCCGAGUUUGUUAAAAACCAGAACCUGACCUUCACGCGGAACUUUGUUCAGGACAACGUUGUGUCCGAACCGUUUGACUCACUGAAUCCGAGAAGUCGAGUCGCUGCCGUGGUUGUGCUCACGUCUCCGAGUGUCAACGUGUUCCGGAACGUUUUCUCGAAUCCCGAGUCAAAAUAUGAAUUGGGCGUUCAUUACGAAGAUCAGAGUGUGGACAUCAAUUGCACGCACAACUGGCUCGGUUCUCGCAAGGAACGCGACAUCUAUGACCGACUCUUUGAUCGCAAGAACCGUUACAACUUGGCGAGAAUCCAAUUCAAGCCUUUCCUGCUCAUCAGCAACAACCCGAACACGGAAUCUGUAUCUGACGACGAGAUGUUCAUUCCGGACUUCGGUCCAAGUGAAGACAAAGUGGAAAUCGGAGGAGAAAUCGAAGGCCGAGUCUUUCUCGAUGAUUCCAAGAACAACGUGUAUUACGUUAAACAAGACAUCUACGUCAGGCCUGGUGGAGAAUUGACGAUAACUCCUGGUGUCGUAUUGCAAUUUCAUCACGGAGUCGGGAUGAUGGUCGCUGGGAAACUGCACGCAGAAGGUGAAGGUUCGAAUCUCAAGGACCGAGUUACUUUCACGUUGUUUGAGCAAGAGAAACGCAACAUGACUUCGAUUAAAGUCAGGUUGAUCGGAGGGAAAGACAGCCGAGAGGGCAGACUUCAGAUAAAACAAGGUACCAGAUGGGGUACGGUUUGUCGAAUGGGUUGGACAAUAGAAGCAGCGUCACUCGCGUGCCGUCAAAUGGGUUAUUCCCUGAAUCCUUCUGAUUGGUUGCUUGAACGAUCAGAAAUGCCUCCAGUUGGCACGAACGAAGACAUUCUUUUCAGCAACGUCGAGUGCUCUGAUCUCGACACGGACAUCACUGAGUGUAAUAUUGAAACCAGCGACGAUUUCGAAAAUACUUGUACCCACGAGGAUGACGUUGGACUUCGGUGUUACGAUGUUUCUUGGGGUGGAAUAAGGAUGAGUAUGACUGCGGAAAAGAGUACUUUGAAGUACGCUUUGAUUGAGAAAGCUGGACUGUUUGAUCAUGCUACCAACACAUUCAAACCAGGUUCGUUUCUUUUCUCUGACUCGUUUAAUUCGAAUCAAGAGCUGAAAAAUCUAAGUUUGAAUAUUCUCGGAAUUCGGAAUCAUUAUUUUAAAACUAUUUCACGCUUUGCAGCUAUUCAAAUCGAUUUCGGUCGGCACAUCCUUGAUAAUCUGGAAGUAUCUGACAACUGGAGCGACGGGCUCGGAAUGCUUCACUCCGACAUUUACUUCUUCGAUCCUGAUGUGAACACGCUGUCGAAUUCCAAGGUUCAUCGGAACAGAGGCAAUGGAAUAUCUAUCCGAUCAUUGGGAAUGAACGUGAGAAAUUCCGACUUCGAAAAUAAUUGGUUGAGCGGAAUCCAGUACAACGCAUUUUUGUCAAGAAAAGAGCAGCGAGAAAUCGUGUCGUGGUUGCGAAUGUCGUCGUACAAAAAAUAUGAUUUGUCCGCAAUGGAUGAGGGCAUCAUCAUGCUGGAAAAUCAUGAUCCAAUUUUCCUCGUCGUCCAACAAAGUCCUGAAGUUGUUCCAAAAAAGCAGUUGCAAAUCAAGACGAAAGAUGAAAACGUGAUCGCAAUUUACGUAUUCAGUCCAAUUCAUCAUCGAUCAACCGAAAAAUUGACGAUUUAUGAUCAUCAAUUUGUGGACCUUGCCGAUCGUGUGUGGGAUCUCAGGAAGCAUUUGCUUGCAUUUCCAGCCAAUUCCUCGUCGUUUGCUUUCAACUUGUUUUAUUCCAGUGGUGAAGCACCAGUUGGUGGGAUUGUCAUCAUGUUGAAAGCCGUGAGAGUUAGAGACUUGCCAGUGGUUCCUGGAAAUUUCCCGGGCGUUUUUCCUGCCUUGCGAAUUGUGCAGUCGCGAUUCACGUACAAUCGACAUGGAGUUUCUGCUCUCUUGUACAACCGUUAUUUGAGUGAUUCGAGAGAUCGAUACUUGAGACCUCUGAAGGCGUAUGUCGAAGUUGUCGACAGUAGCAUAGACCAGAGUCAGCGUGAAGCGGUUUUUCUGCAUACGCCGUUCAGAGAAUUGGACGUGGAUGCGAACAUGACGGAGUUUUAUUUCAGCUUCAAUCGGACUCUAUUCACCGGAAAUUCCAAGGGAGUUCUUCAAUUCAGCAGGGAUGCGAGACAAUCGAACAAUUUAUUCCACUGGGUAUUCCGUGACAACACGUUGGAGGGCAACAAAGACGGUGGCAUUGACAUAAAUCUUCCCUAUGUGUGGCAAUAUAAUGAAAACCAAACGCACUCUGUGUAUAUGCGGAACAACACCCUGAGAAGCAAUCAAAAUUUUGGUGUGACAAUUGACGGCCAUUUCGCAAGGACAGAAAUCCUGGAGAACCGAUUCGAAAGCAACGAAUGUAAAGCUGGACUUUUGGCACUCAAGGGCAUGGAGAAAGAAAUGAGCAUCAGUCAAAAUAUUAUUCAGAGGAAUUUUGGAACAUUUAUGGUGCUGUUCAACAUGGAUAGUCAAUCCGAAAUACUUGGUUUGGUCAGUGCCAAUUUCCGAAUGAACAAGGUGAAGAGGAACCGAUUCACGGUUUUGCGUGGAGCGUACCUUGGCAAGUACGAACCAGCAAGCUACGUUAUAGGCUUGAAAGGAGUUCAAAACAUCAAUAUCACCAACAAUUUAUUGGGCGAAAAUGAGAUGGACUAUGAACUCUUGGCUGGUAUAAGAACCUCGAGCAUCAAUAACUACGUGAAUGUGAGAGAAAAUUGGUGGGGCACUGCUUCUGGAUCUCAAAUUAGACAGCAGAUUUUUGACUUCGACGACUGGAAUUCUUACGCCAUUGCAAAUUUCGAGCCGUUCUACACCAGCGACCGAUUCGAUUCCCCGUUGUCUAGAGAUUAUGAACACUCUUCAAAGCCAGGAACAAACGCGGAAUUUUUGGGAGGCCGUCUUUCACAUCCCACGGUGCUUGUUCGUCGAGAGAAACCGUAUAUCGUGAAAUCUGAUCUAACAGUGGAAGAUGGAGUUACGUUGAACAUUGAAGCUGGUGUUGAAUUGGAAUUUUAUCCGAGUGUUGGAAUACUGGUCCUUGGUACUUUGCGAGCGAUGGGCACGGAACGACGACCGAUCCGCAUGCGUCCGAUUUUCGUUGAUAAAAUGCAAGUUGUGCCGAUCGGAAGACACAGUCGGAGCAAGGCUAUGAAUUCUGCUUUGAGUUUUAAAAAUCCAAUGGUGCGUUUGUGCAUCGAGGGAAUUUGCAGUGAUGAGGAUACUACCGGAGCUAUCAGCAAUGCAGGCUUUGUUGAAAUGUACAAUGCAACCACACUGCAAUGGGUUCCCAUUUGUGACCAUCGAUUUUCGGAGCGAAAUGCAGAGGUUGUUUGCCGAGAACUCGGGUUUGAUACGUUGAAUAUCAACUUCAAAUUCGGACCCAGAAUCGAGCUGCAUCCGGAUUCUCUAAGAAGAGUAAUUUCUUGGCCAGAACCUCUUCGUUGUGAUGGAGACGAAAAGUCUUUGGAAACUUGCUCCAUCAGGAUGAACGGACAAAUCUACGGAGCGACUUACGAAUGUCCCUACGAUGGUGCCUUUUUAUUCGUCGAAUGCGGAGAACGAAAUUUAAGAAACAACUCUGAAUACUGGGGAGGAAUAAGAUUCUCCGUACCAAAUUUUGAGUAUUCCAUGGUUCAUCGACGUCUGCAUGAUCACGAAACCCACGAGCCGUUCCACAUUGCUGAGUCUGUUCUGGAGCAUGUUGAAAUUGAGGGAGCUGGUGUGCUUCACGGCGAGCUGUCGCCAGCAGUGGAGAGCGUUUUGGUGACGCCGAAGAUUUGGUACACCACAAUCCGAAACAGUGCUUGGCAUGGAAUUUCAAUGGUUGCUCCUUUCGAAGAUGCGAAGCUUUUGCAUAAUAGGAUUGAAAAUAACCAAGGAGCCGGGAUCAGCACGUUGGUCUUGAACGGAGAUGGACAGGCUUCUGCGUUGAGUUCCUUCACGCCUUUGACUUCAGCUCCACUGUCAUAUGGACUUUUCGGCCUGGUCGACAUAUGUGACACGAACAAAGAAAUUGAGGUGGAAGAAAGGAUAAUUCUGUACUACAAAUACGACAACAGACCUGUGGAUUGCGUCAAAAUCUUCACCUCGAGCUACCAAAUCAAAACCUUCGGUUUCCGUUUGCUGUAUUUCAACCUUUUCAACUCAACUGGGGAAGCCGGAACACCCGAUAAAAUAACUUUGUUCGACGGAGAUGUAUACAAUAUAACAUCCAAGAAAUUUCUGGCGGACAUAGUAGCUGGGAAAGACAAUGGAAGAGAAUUUCACACCACGCUCACUACAAGUCUAAGCGUAAAACUUCACGCAUCUGGUGGAAGCGGAAAUUUGGGCUUUUUGGCAGAAGUUGUGACAAUCCCUGUUUCUGCCGUUGGAUUCACACCCGUGCAGACGUUAGAUUUUGUUUUGAAUUUUUUUCCGAAUGGGUUUCAUGACUCUUGUCCAAUUCUGAUUUCAGGUCGAGAUAUUCAACACAACAUAUCGUAUUCGAUAAUUGCGAACAACAGCCAAGGCGCAAUUUUGUAUUCAACUGCCGGAGAAGUGAACCCUAUCGUUACUUUGGAGAGAAACCAGUUCAACUAUAAUGGCAGGUUGCUGUACGGAAACUUUACUACAAGCCUCGCUGCUGUUGUAAUGAACGUGCAAAAUACCCGCAACAUUUUCUUCAAGAAUAAUUUGGUGCGAGGAAAUCAAGGUGGUCUUUGGGUGAAAGCUGAUGCGUAUAGCCGAGCAACUGCUUUAAAACUCUACAUUUCGAACAGUUUCUUCACUGACACUCAAACGAAUUCUGCUUUGGUCGUGAAAGGGAAUCCUUCGGGAACUUAUCAAGACGUUGAUAUGUUUCACACGUACAUCACGCGCAGCAACUGUUCUUACGAAAAUGUUAUUUUGUUGGAAAAGGUGCUGGCUAAUCUGACGUACAAUUAUAUCCACAACAAUCGCGGGCGCUUCAUCAUGAGAGUUGACGGCUUUAAUCGAGUCCGGCUGCCGAUUUUUCAAACGUUUUCACACAAUGGGUUUUAUUACAAUGUGGCAUUGGACAGAGACAGGCCAGCCGUUAUCGUUGCUGGAAGUGCAGGACAGCAAUACGUUGACAACGUGUUCGUGAACCCGUAUACUCCUCUGGAAAUGAUGACCUUGAACGUUUCAAGUUCCGACGUUUGGAAAACGCCGAUAGAUGCAGUCGAAAAUUGGUGGGGUUACAAUCAAUCAAAUGUUGUCCAGGGAAGAAUCAGGGAUAAGAAGGACGAAGAGGACUUGCUGGAAGUUCGUUCAAAUCCUUAUAGAAUGUCCAACAAACUGAAAACUGAUGAUGUUCUAUUCAAAAACUUAAUGGCAUUUUAUAGAACGUUGCUGAGUGGAAAAUGUCCACCUGGACACGUGUUGAUCGGGGAAACGUGUUUCAUUUAUAUCGGAGCUCCGGUGACUUUCGAAGAAGCGAAAGAGUUUUGCAAGAUGGACAAUUCCUCAAUGCCUUAUUUACAAAAGGACUACAUUGACGUUUUCCGAUACAUCACGUCUCGUCAAGACGAUUUCCAGAGAUACGAUUUUGUAUGGGCUCAACAUUACGAUAUUUUACGCUCGUGUUCAGCAUUCAUUGACCUGAGGAUAGAACGCGUCGAGUGCCAUUAUCGCUUCCCAUUUUUGUGCGAAACUGAUACGAGGAUAGAAAUCAACGCGUUUACGUGGCUCAGUGACGGAAUUGCUGUUGCAGCCAUAUCAGCAACACUUUGCGCAGUUUUUGUGAUCAUGUUGUGCCUUGCGUUUUGGUUCAUCAAAUCAAGGCACCGUCAUCAGGAGAAACUCGAACGUAGAAAUUCCAUCCGGGCGUCCAUGCGAUCGACAAGGUCCAUUGUGUCUUCCACCAGCGGCGGUUUGAACGAAUAUGCCUUUAGACGACGUAUCCUGCAGGAUCAAAAAUCGACGACCGGAUCGCAAAUCACCGGUUUGACGGGAUUAACGGAUUUAGCGAAGUUGCAUGGUAGCAUGGACUCCGUGACGGAAAAAUCUCAGUUUGACUCAUCGGUGGACGAUAAUCAAUCAUCGUAUGAAACUUAUGAAGCACGGAAUCCAACCAUGUCUUCCCACAUGACGAUUGUGGGAAUACCAGAAGUGCCUCCAGGCCAGUCCCGGAAACGCGUUGACGCGAUGGUGCACCCCCAUUUCAACCACAAUCCCCACCUGAGCUACCAUAACAAUGGCUUCCGGGAUGUAUCCAUGUCGACAGUGAUGAGUCAUAAGACCAACCAUAAUGGGCUCCACGAACCCGACGGUGAGCAGCAGCAGUCCAAUCACGUAGAACACGACCGAGACUUGUGGGACGCCCAAUCUGACUUGUCAUCUUCGGCUGCAACGCCGUAUUAUUCGGGUCGUUCCACAUUCAGAGCCCCGUCGGAGCAAGACUCGACAUUCUCUGAGAUGCCUGCGGGGCAUCGCGGGACGAUGAAUUCGCAUAUGCCGGAUUUCAGCAAACGUGAAGUCAUUGGGAAAGAAGAAUCGCCGCCUUCGCAGAGAUCCCCGAGCUCGGCCUCGGCCAGAUACGCUCAAGCGCAGUCGAUCUCGACGUCGAUCCGUCGUGGCGCCGGAGCUGCUUCCCCAUAUCGUCGUCCACCAUCUUUGCCGCCAUUACCGCCGACAAUGGCGACGAUUCAGCCGUUUUCCUCGAUUCCCGUCAGUUCGGCGGCAUCGACGGCAGCAAUGCCGACGACCAUCCCGAGUGGCCCACAUUAUGCGUCGACCACGUUGACGACUGAGUCUGGCACGAGUCCAGAGGAUAGAAACGACGUCAACGGCGAAAGUAAUAUGGGGGCUAGAACGAAAAGUCAGCCGCUGGAAACGGCCAUGUGAUGAAUGAUUCCUGUUUUUAUUUCCCCUGGAUGCAUUCCACGGAUUCUCAGCAUUUUUGUUAUCAAUGCUCGUUAUUGUGAGGUGUCCGAAAUGCUCUUCGCACAUAUUGGUCGCAGUGUUAUUUUGAACGGCUCUUUGAUAUUCAAUGGUGGGAUAUUAAGUUUUGUGUGGGCUUUCCUCGCUCGAGGUCCUUGUUAACCCCGUUUAUAGUAAAGGGAGUAUUUUUUCUUGAUUUGUGAAGGAUCGGAUCGCUUUUGCAAAUUUUGAUUUGAAAACUCAGAGGAAAUUCCGAAAAAAAGCAGAACUGUGAUUCAAAUACUGUACGACUGAAUUUUGACAGGUGCAGAAGCGUUCUUUCUCUUCAGGAUACUAUUUCAGUCUUAAUAUUCCUCACGACAAAAAUUAAGGUUGAAUUGCUCGAAGCUUAUGAAAGCUUAAAAAAUUUGUAGAAUCGAAAAAUGUUCUAACUGUAAGACUCGUAUGCAGACACCCUGCACCACAAAGGUAUAAAGAGGAAAGGAAAGAAGAUUAUUUCAACAGUUGCAGGAAAAAGGUUAUACUUAAUUUUCAGCAACUGUUACGCCUCAAGGAUUGUUUUGUUAUGUGUUAAAUUUUAUACAAGGGCGGAUCUCGAUUUCGAACAUUGGUAAAUCUUGUCAAGUGCGCUUUAUUCGUUAUGCCCGUACAUUUUAUGUUCGCGUUUUCAUCACCUCGUUGCUCGGGAAACGUACAUUCCUCUCAUUUACUUUUUUGUUUGCUUCAUCGAGUGAAUGACGAUUUAUGCAUAUUGCACUUUUUGUAUAUUCAGCGCGAACCUUUGGCAAAUAUGCCGCUGUACUGUGAUCGCUUGACCGUACCAAAUUUUUGUUGGUACUCGUCCUCGGGCUGAAAUCAAAUUUAUUACUUGCAUUCAGGAAGUUUAUAUUCUGUGCUUUUGGAAAUGAAGCAGAUUUUUUCUUGUGCUUA